AUGCGGGAGUUCAAGGUGGUUGUAUUGGGAAGUGGAGGUGUCGGAAAGUCGGCGUUGACUGUUCAAUUCGUCAGUAGCACAUUCAUCGAGAAGUAUGAUCCGACGAUUGAGGAUUUCUAUCGAAAAGAGAUUGAGGUCGACGGGCAACCAUCAGUGCUAGAAAUCCUGGAUACAGCUGGAACGGAGCAAUUCUCAUCGAUGCGUGAUCUUUAUAUCAAAAAUGGACAAGGAUUCGUUGUGGUUUACUCGAUAACAAGUCAGCAGACGUUUCACGAUAUUCGAAACAUGAAAGAACAGAUUGUCAGGGUAAAAGGCUCUGAAAACGUGCCGAUACUGUUGGUGGGUAACAAGUGUGACUUAUCACAUCAGCGACAAGUGAGAAGUGAAGAGGGACUGGCUUUGGCUGAAAGUUGGUCAUGUCCGUUCACCGAAUGCUCCGCCAAGAACAACCAAAACGUCAACGUCACUUUCGCGGAAAUAGUGCGAGAAAUGAACUAUGUGCAGAGCAGAUCAAGACAAAGCAAAACAUGUUGUUCGCUGAUGUAA